GCCCGCGGUCGGAAAAGCGGGAGCUCCGCGCCCGGGGCCACGCGGCGCAGCUGCGCGGGGGCCGGAGCAGCGAGGGGCCGGGCCGGCUCCGCUUCAUGCUGAGCGGAGAUGCCCUGAACUCCGAAAUCCAGCGAGCCUGGCUGGGCUCGCUCUCCUCUGGGCGGUGUAGCGGCCCCUUUGCGGGCAUCGCUUCCCGUAAAACACCGUCACCAAAGUUCCCUCCGCAGAUCAAUCCCCGGUGCGCCUGAGUUCCCGCAGCGCCCGUCCUGGACCCGGAAAUUCCAGCAGCACCGAGAUCCAAUGGGUGGGAGAUUCUCUCUGCAAGGAGACAGAGAGACUGGCCUGAAAGUGGCUCAGCCUGUCUGACGGCCACCUGGGAAAAGGUCGUUUCCCUCUGAUGCACCAGAGAAGGGUGACGGCAGAGCCAUGUCUGUCGAGGAUGAUGGCUCUGUAAUGCACCCCCCUGAGUCUGCAGUGGACCAGCGCUGGAAGUUCCUCAUCUUCUACCUCUGCUUUUACGGCUUCAUGACCCAGAUCAGACCUGGGGAGAGCUUCAUCACCCCCUACUUGCUGGGAGCUGACAAGAACUUCACCAUGGAAGAGGUGACCAACGAGAUCAUGCCCGUCCUGUCCUACUCCUACAUGGCCGUCCUGGUGCCCAUCUUCCUGCUGACGGAUUACCUGCGCUACAAGCCGGUGCUGGUGCUGCAAAGCCUGAGCCACAUCUCCAUCUGGCUGCUGCUGCUCUUCGGCACCGGUAUCCUGGCCAUGCAGUUCAUGGAGUUCUUCUACGGCAUCACCAUGGCAGCCCGCGUGGCCUACUCCUCCUACAUCUUCUCGCUGGUCACCCCCUCGCAGUACCAGCGCAUGGCCAGCUACUCCCGCGCCGCCGUGCUGAUGGGGGUCUUCACCAGCUCGGUGCUGGGGCAGCUCUGCGUCACGGUGGGCGGGGUGCCCUUCAUGACGCUCAACUAUGUCUCGCUGGGGUUCAUGCUCUUUGGGCUCGUCCUGACGCUCUUCCUGGAGCAGCCCAAGCAAAGCCUCUUCUUCAACCGGCGUGACGGCCCCUCGCCCUCGGAGCUGGACAGGAUGCAACCCGGCGGGGGCAAGCCAGUGCCCCCCGCACCCUCCCGCUGGCGCAGCUCAGCCCUCUUCCGUAUGCUGAGGGAGCUCGGCACCAUCGCCAAGCUGCCCCAGCUGCGGCUCUGGUCCCUCUGGUGGAUCUUCAACUCUGCCGGCUACUAUCUCAUGCUCUAUUACGUGCAGCUCCUGUGGAGUGAGAUUUACCCUACCACGGACAACAGGAAGGUCUACAACGGCGGGGUGGACGCUGCCUCAACGCUGCUCGGUGCCAUCACCGCCUUCUCCGCGGGCUACGUGAAGAUCCGCUGGGCCCUGUGGUCGGAGCUGGUGAUCGGCGGCGUGACGGCCUUCCAGGCGGGGCUCCUCUUCCUGAUGAGCACCACCAGCAACAUCUGGCUCUGCUACGGGGCCUACAUCCUGUUCAGGGGCUCCUACCAGUUCCUGGUGCCUCUAGCCAUUUUCCAGAUUGCCACCUCCCUCUCCAAAGAGCUCUGUGCCCUGGUGUUUGGCGUGAACACCUUCUUUGCCACCGUCCUGAAGACCAUCAUAACCAUGAUCAUAUCAGACAAGCGGGGCCUGGGCCUUUCGGUGCAUCCGCAGUUCUACGUGUACUUCGCCUACUUCACGCUGCUGGCGGUGGUGUACCUGGGGGCAGCGGUGUGCGAGGCCGUGAGGCACCGCCGGGGCAAGGAGCCGGCCUUCGCCAAGGAGCUCUGCAGCCCCGCUGAGGAGGCGCCAGGGAAGGAGAGGAGCUCGGAGCCGGGCAGCGUGCACAUCUGAGCGCAGCUGGGAGAGGAGACGCGAGGGAGCGGCCUACGUGCAGACCCCAGCCCCAUCACCGUCCCAGGGAACGGCUGGCCCGUCCCAGCCAGCAGCCAGCCCUGCCGCGGUCCUCUCACCUUCCUCGCAGUGUCAAUGCGCAGCUGAGAAAGCCAGGAGCACAGGCCUGCAGUCCUGUCCUAGCUCGUAGGGGCCGUCCAUCCCCAGGCUGUGCUCACCCUUGGCCCCCAGGCUGCCACUCCUGCCCGCGCCGCCUCUCCCAUCACAGCCUCAGCGCCGGCAGAAGCUGCACCGUGCAGACCCCAGUGCUAAGAACGGCCUUUGAGGACAGAGCGGCGCCAACCCGGAGAUCCCAUCCCAGCGCCAGGCCUGCUGCUUUGAGUGACACGGCUCCGUUACUGAUGUGGUUCCUGGGCCGGGUUUUCCAGACACUUUUGCGUGCGCACACACUCAUUCGGGGUGACCUGUGCCAAGCUAACCAGAAAAUUGGGGGGGCGGGGGAGGGAGCUACACCCAAGAUGCUGCUAAGACAAGCCAUUGAGGGCCUCUGGUGUCAGCCCUCAUGGGUCCUGUGUUCCAGCUUUGCCCCACAAGGGCUAGAAGUGUGCUCUUCGUAGUGAAAGCUGAGGGUCCCGUGUAAUCACCUGACUCCAGGCUCUGGGGCUUGGAGCACUGCACCGAAUUGCCUCUCCCCCCAUGCACUGCUUCGGCAACUGUCUGAAUGGCACCUGUGCAGCCACUGCAGCUUCUCUUGCCCCAGCCAGCUGCUUCCUGGCUCCCCCGGGCCCCUCUGGCGUUGAAUCUGCUGCCGCACCGGGGGGAGGGGGGCUGUAAGCGCAGGGGAGCAGCUGGCAGCUCAGCACAGGGCUAGGGGGCCCAUUGCUGCCCUUAGACGCUGUGCUCCUCUGGGGCCUGCAGCCUGCACGGUGGUGUCUGGGGGAGGUGCCUGGCCAGUAGCAGACACCCCGCUGUGACAAUCUGCUGAGCGCCCAGCCUUGUGUGCGAUGUCGCUACCCUUCCCCUGCCCCCAGCCCCAGCCUGGGGGCGUUUUAAUACUGCUAAGCUGCGUGCCAGCUCCCAGCCAUGCCAGCAAACACUGCAGGGCUCUGCCAAGCCAAACCGUGCCUUAAACUGAACCCCCCAACGCCCGCAGUCCCCAGCAACAUCUCCCGCCGGCGGCCAGCCCCUGGCUGCACACGCUCACGCAGUAGUAAUAUUUUUGCGGCUUUAAAGAGCCCAUACACUGAGCCUGCUAGCUUCCUGGGGGCGGACGCACCCGCCCUCCCGUUAGCGCACACCCCCUUGGCUGGUCACAGGGCUAAGUGCUACCACGGGUCAGGAAUAAAGCUGGACGGUUACACGCAAGCAAAAGUAAAAUGACCCCGUGUGGCCUAACACCCGA